GAAGAUUGUUGACCGAAUCGACAGUAAUAGGGAUGGCUUUGUCACCACCGAGGAGCUGAAAACCUGGAUCAAACGGGUGCAGAAAAGAUACAUCUACGAUAAUGUCGCUAAAGUCUGGAAGGAUUAUGAUAGGGACAAAGAUGAUAAGAUUUCCUGGGAAGAAUACAAACAAGCCACUUACGGCUACUACCUAGGAAACCCCACGGAGUUUCAUGAUACUUCAGAUCAUCAGACCUUUAAAAAGAUGCUGCCACGUGACGAGAGAAGGUUCAAGGCUGCAGACCUCAAUGGUGACCUGACAGCCACUCGGGAGGAGUUCACUGCCUUUUUGCACCCUGAGGAGUUUGAGCAUAUGAAGGAAAUUGUGGUUUUGGAAACUCUGGAGGACAUUGACAAGAAUGGGGACGGGUUUGUGGACCAGGAUGAGUACAUUGCGGAUAUGUUUUCCCACGAGGAGAAUGGCCCUGAGCCCGACUGGGUUUUGUCAGAACGGGAGCAGUUUAAUGAAUUCCGGGAUCUGAACAAGGAUGGGAAGUUGGACAAAGAUGAGAUUCGCCACUGGAUUCUCCCUCAAGAUUAUGACCAUGCACAGGCCGAGGCCAGACACCUGGUGUAUGAGUCAGACAAAAACAAGGAUGAGAAGCUAACUAAAGAGGAGAUAUUGGAGAACUGGAACAUGUUUGUUGGAAGCCAAGCUACCAACUAUGGGGAAGAUCUCACAAAAAAUCAUGAUGAACUUUGAUAGGCACUCACCAUAAUAUGGCAGACUGCCAUAGGCUUUCUUUUAUUGUCUUGGAUGGUUGCUAAGUGUCCAAUUGACAGUUGUUGUGUCCCCCAAAAAGCAAGUUUAUACCUCAGAUUGGGGUAAAAAUGGUUUUUCACUGAAAAUUUAUUGGAAAAUGAUCAUCAGUAUUCUUUCAGUAAGAUUUCUCUCACUUAAAACACAAAAUCUUGGUAAAUGGUAAUUCUCUAUGGGGAUACAUUGCUACAGCAUGACUUAAGUUUUUUCCAUUAAAUUUAAACUAAAGGGGAAUAAAACUUGAAAAAGCCCUGUCAUUCAGCAGCUGGGUGGGUUGGUAGGGAGCUGUAUGUGGAGUUACUGCUAUGCAUUUUAACAACCAGGUUUUUUUAUAGUUGGCACUGUUGAAUAGUUGAUGAGGGAAAAUUCUGAUUAAACUAAAGUGGUGUCAUACCAGGUAGGCUUAUUUCAGAGCAAGUCUAAUAUUUCAGAUUCUUCCUCUUGUCUUUAUACGCUGAGCUGUUACUGUAAGAGGUAUAUAAAACCUCUGUGCAUUUUUCUGUAUGGAUCUGCUAGUGUGCACAAUAAAUCCACAUCUUUGUUUUUUGUUUUUAUAAUAAGAAGCAAUCAAAAAAGAUAAUGUGAAAAAGAAAGGAAUUUUAAAGGUAGGGAAAAGAUGAAUGUCAGACAUUUGAAGAACUACAGGAAAAUGCUAAACACUUUAAAUAUACUUGAGAAAAUGUUCUCACAUGUAAAUGAAGUAGAUCUGAUCUUUGAAAUACUGAAGAGAAAUACCAUCUGUUUCCUUGCUGAUCCCAGUUGGAAUGAGGUGGUGGGAUCUGUGGGAAGCCACCCGUUGUGGAGUUCUGGAAUGUGUCCCAUCCAGUCCAGUGAAUCCAUGACCCUGGGACGUGCUCCCAGGAUGGCUUACACCACGGAAUUAGGACAAGAUGAUAUUCCGAGCCAUUGAAUGAACUGGCAAAAACAACUUUCACAGGCUGAAAUUCCACCUUGUAAGUAGGAAGUGAAUGAAAUAAAGGAUCCCCCUGAGGAUUUUCUACUGUG